CCGCCAUCAAAGAUGUAUGAGGUAUGAGUCUAAAAGUUAUGAGUCGCAAAGCAUAAAACUGUCAAGCAAAACCUUAAGACGAUAUAAAUACUAAAUACUCAGGUAUAAACCUAAAUAGACAAUGUUAGCAUUAUUUUUUAUAUCUAUACUUACCUAACCUAAGGUACUUCACUUUACCGUUUACUCCGCAAGUCUUAUUCUUAUUUUCUACAACAACAUUUUUUGUUGAAGGACUUUUAUUUUAGCAAGAUAGACUAUGCCUGCACCAACUACGACGCAGUCUUCCUCCGGGACUGCAAAUCCAGCGCUGUCUUUUCCCCCAAUUACAAGAGAUCAUAUAAUCAACUGUUCAUAUGACUCCUGGUUUCCCAAAUAUCGCAUGUCAUGCAUCAAAUCGCGUAUAAUACCUCUGUCGCCAGAGUUUAUUGAAUACAUCCGCGAGGACGGCAUUAUCCUUGCCGAUGACGACGUGGUUGAACCAGAGGAUGAUGAAUGGGAAUCAGCCCCCUCAAGCUUCCGGCCACCCGUCGAAGAAGUUGACUCUGACUCUGAUAGUGAUGAAGACGAGGAUGAGGAACCGAGAUUACCGCCAAACCAGAGAUUUCCUGAGUUGCACCAGACAAUCAAAGACAAGAUCGCGGAACUGGGCGGCGCUGUCGCACCCAAACUGAACUGGACCGCACCGAAAGAUGCCGCUUGGAUAUCGCCACACCAGAACACUAUUAAGUGUACAACCCCUAACGACAUAUAUCUGCUAUUGAAGAGCUCUAACUUCAUCACUUACGACCUGGAGCAUGCCUUCGACGACUGCACGCCUACCAGCAACUCCUCUUCCGCCAGCACCGCGCCAGCUUUCAAGCCCGUGCUCGUGCUGCGCUCGUACUUCAACCCCCACACGGCCAUGGAGUUCCGCUGCUUCGUGAAGCACCGGAACCUGAUAGCCAUCUCCCAGCGCGACCUGAACUACUACGAGUUCCUGAAGUCGCUGCGCUCCGACAUCGUCGGGCGCAUCAGCCAGCUGUUCAACCACAAGCUGCGGUACACGUUCCCCGACGGCAACUUCACGUUCGACGUGUACAUUCCCGAGGGCGAGGACGAGCCGCUUAGUAGGGCGCGGCUCAUCGACAUCAACGCGUGGGCGCCGCAUACCGACAGCCUGCUCUUCGACUGGAAGGAGCUGCUGGAUAUGGAGGUGCCUAGUCCGAUGCUCGGGGUAGUCGGGGGACACGAAGAUUCGUCGGGAGCGACGGAUAACACGGAUGAGACGUCCGGAGAUGAGGACGAGGACGAGGACUUUGUGCCGGAGCUGCGUCUCAUCGAGAAGGAAGACCCGGCCGCGUUCAACUUCAGCUCGCCGCAGUACUCGGCGCACAAGCUGCCGAAGGACGUCGUGGACGCGAGUCUGGCUGGGGAGGGGGGCAUGCGGGAUUUCGCGCGCAAGUGGAGGGAGAUGACGGAGUAUAGGGAGAACAUGGCGAAUUGGGAGAUGAACGACAAGAAAUAGGCUACCUGCUUAAGCGUAGUAAUACGAAUCUUGUAUAAUGCAUUGCCUUCCUACAAAUACCCUAGGAGUCUUUAGGGUCACCGCUUACAAUAGUAUAUGUUAUGAACUGACUAAUGCCAAAAUGACACUAGACAUAGGAAGCAAAC